GUAAUACCUCUAGCUGCUUUCACGGUGUCCUCCUGUUGUCGCAUAUUGAUCCAGCUAGCUGAUCGUUAGCUUUUGUGUCAGGAUGGUGUCUGUGGUGUGUAAAUGUUUGUCCGUUGUUUCUGGCUAAAGGUAUCUGGCAUUUGGCGGCUUUAAUGUUCCGUGCAGCUAAUCUAAAAACCAUCGGCAAAGCGGGAACCGGCUGGCACUUUCGCCGGACGAUGGACGAGCUGGUCCAUGACCUGGUGUCAGCACUGGAGGAGAGCUCCGAGCAAGCUGCGCGUGGUGGCUUUGGUGACGGUGGAGACCAUGCACUGGCCGUGGGCUGCCUGCUGAAGAGGCAGGCUCGGAAGCGCAGGGGUAGAAAACGACGUUCAGACAACCCGCACCCCCCUUGGGAGACAGGCCACCUCAGUGAGGGUUCAGAGUCUAGUGUGGAAGAGCACAAGGACUACCGUGCCAGUACAGGGGGUGUCUCUGCAGCCAACAGUCAUGCCCGUGACAACAGCGACUCAGAUGAACAACUUGGCCCCAAACGGCGCACCCUCCUAACAGCUGACACAGGACGAAGCAAGCGGCCGCUGUGGCCAGAUGACUUGGGUGUCCUGGGGUCCGCGGAGGGAACUCGCAGCCUUAGACGGCGACGUAAGGUCAAACGUAUGGCUGUGGACCCACCUGUGGAACCAGAACCCCCUUCCUCCACCAUGCUAGGCCCCCCACCUGUCCCCAAAGCUCGUGUUGGCAGCAGGCCUCAUAGACUUGGUGCAAAUGAGGGCAGGGGAGCGGUGGAGCUCUGUGGAGUUGGACUUGUAGGACCAGGGGGAGGGAAGAACAGGGUGAAGAAGAGGAAACUGGCCACCCAUAGGCUGGGAAUGGAGGCUGCAGAUGAAGGGGUGGUGGUGGAGAGUGAGGAUCCCAUCUCUUCUCCGAUGGAAGGAUCCAAGGACAAGAUGGAGUUGGAGGAGCAGAAGGGUUCAGAUGAGGACAUGAGUGACAGGUGUGAGACCAGCAGUGUUAGUAACAGCAGUGAUGGAGGCCUAUACACCAACGAUGAAGGGAGGCAAGGAGAUGAUGAGCAGAGCGACUGGUUCUAUGACGGCGAGCCGGGCUCCGGUUCAGGGCCCGGAGGCGCGUGUGGAAUAGCAGGGGUGGUUCCCUGGUGGGAGAGAGAGACAGGUUCAGAGGAGCUGGAUCUAGCCGACCCUGUCUUCAACAGCAUCCUCACUGGAUCCUUCCCACUCAUGAGCCCUGGAGCUCAGAGAGGGUUCCAGGCCAGACUGAGUCGUCUCCAUGGAAACCAGCCAUCUUCUGAGGUGGGGCUGCAGGGCAGCUCUGGCCAAGGCUUCAGUGAUAGACUGGGAAGACAAAGCCAGGACUCCCAUGAGCCCUGGUUCAGCUCGGGAUCAAGAAGAGAACACGGACAGUUGCAUUGGGACCCACGGUCAGACAGAGGGCAUUGGAGGAGCUGUUCAGUAAAAACAGCCAGCAGACAGACCAGCGGGCACCUCGGCUCUCUAUGUACAGGGGAUGUCAAGCGGAGGCGAAAAGCAGCCCCCCUUGGAUCCACUGCCCCCUCAGGAUUGGUUGGGGAGAAUGCACCUCCCAUCCCUGACACCAACAUGGGGAGCCGCAUGUUACAGAGCAUGGGCUGGAGCCCGGGGAUGGGCCUGGGUCCCGAGGGCAGGGGCAUUACUGAGCCCAUCCGGGCCACGCAGAGACCCAAAGGUGCAGGUCUUGGUUUCAACUGAACUCCUGGUUUCUGGAUCCUGAUCCCAGAGCAGGCUGGGACUAGAUACCCCAAGAACUACUAGUAGUGAGGGAGAUAAUGCUCAGUGCGAUGAACAAUUUAAAAAAAAAAAAAAAAAAAAUCCAGAGUAAUCCAAGAAUGUGAGUUGUAAGAAGGGAAGGAAUGAGGCUUUGUCUUAUUAAGAAGAGUCUGUGAUGAAAGAGAUAUUUUCCCAUAUUGGGGAAACUUCAAGCAGCCUGGGAUGUCCACACAGACUGGUCCGCAAAGAGAAACAAUGAGCAGUGAAAGUGAACGACUGAAACUGAGUUGGAGAAAAGGUGUUUAGCAAACUUGUCCUCACAAGAAACUCCAUGUUGGAGAAAAUCAAUGACAUUGCCUCAUUGCAAGUGUGUCAAGCUGGCAUGCUGCCUCAGUCCUGUUACCUCAGAUGCCAGGAACCUGUGGGAAUUUUUGACCAUAUACAGAGCGGGCAAAUGAUGGCUUUGUUUUGCUUUGUUUUUUUUUUGUUUUGUUUUUUUUUUUUAGUCAGCGGUGUUGGUUAGUGAAUUAAUGACAAAUGUCCAAUAUUGCACAAGAGUUUUUGAAUGAAAGACUAUACUGUUAGGUCGUACGUCAAGAUUCAUUUUCGGUUGCUUUUUUAAUGUGAUGAAGUUAGGGUACACUGUAUGGUUGUGUGUGUUGGAAUAUCUGGAUGAUUUCCCCAUCCAUUUUAUUCUUUUAAUUGAAGAAGACAUGUCAUGGGAAUAUUAUUAUCCAUUCAAAACCCAUAAAAGAUACAAAUCAAAAUCACAAGUUUUCCCCUUAAUUUAGCACCGCCAUGUGUGCAUGCAGCUCAGGCUUACACAGAAAACACAGAUUUGGACACAUGAGGUAGAGUCUGGUCAGCGACUACCUUGACUGUCUUACUUUACCCAGUGUGUUGAGGUGUUUAUUCCUGGAAAAUGUUUGUACUGCAGACCCCGCAGUAUUUAUCCAUGAGCCAUGAGCAGUGACCAUGUAUGACAAAAAUGGUUAUGUGAUUCCCACAACCAUUUCGGUAUUUCCAUACAGAUAUUCUGGUAAAAUGCAGAAGACUGAUAAAUUCAGCUUGAGGGAUGCAAGCGGUUAACUUGUUAAAUUAAUAUAACGGUUAACUGUUAAAUUAUCGGCUAGAUAAUGAAAAAAUGAGAAAAUCAGCUGUCAUCCAAUAAAGAAAUUGCUGCUCAUAUACAGAACACGCUCUUUGUCUCCUCAGAGCCACACAGAUGAUAGAGCCAAAUAUGUCAUCCCUGGUGUAUUUUUUUUUUUAACAGUUUCAGAAGACAACAACAUGAUUGUACUUUGCAAUACAUGUUUCGCAUGGUUUCAGAGAAGGGGGAAAAGGUUUUAACACAGUAAAUCUUAGUACAGCUAUGGGACAUUAAAUGGUCCAUCUUUGUUCACUACAUCUUGGCCUUUCUUACCCUCAGGUGUGCAUAAACUACAGGACUUCUUUUUAAAACACAAAAACAUGAAAUUAUCAGUAAUCCGGUCUGUACUGGUCAUGAGCAGCAGGUAAUCAUUGGUAUUCACUGGAAAAACCCAUAUUGUGCGUACCUCUUUAGCUCAUUUCAUUGCUUUCAGAAUUUGAAAAUAAAAAAAAUGAAGGAAUAUUGUUGUCAUGAACAUGAAAAGGUUGUCAGGUGUUUUUUCUUAGCCUGGUGAGAGCUGCUAUCAGGACUGAGGGCUGACUCUAUUCAGGCCUCAAGUGAAAACACCUGUGUGACUGUGCAGGGCCUUUGAUAACAUAGCUACCAAGUUUAAUUUCAUUUUUUAACUUUAGUUUUAUACCUGUUGUCACUUACUUGUGUUAUUGUUUCAUGUAUUUGCUGAAGCUAAUAUAGCUAACCUGCAACCACAGAUUGUCCCGAAUACAGAUGUAAAAUCAUUUUAAUUGCAGGUAGAAAGAUUCAGUUCUAGGAAUAAAAGAAAUUAUCAGUUAAAUAAAAUGUGCAGCAAGUUGUGCUGUAACAAUAUUUGUUUCCUCUAUUUUGUUAUUGUGACCGUUGAGCACCAAAUGGAGGGUCUUUUAUCUCACAUGGCCUGUUCAGAGGAGUGUGAGACCAGCUGUCAGUGACAAAAAUAAAAAUUAAACUGAGACUGUUGACCUA